AUGAAGUUUCCCCUUCUGUCACCAUUCAAAGCUUCGUCGUCCUACACAUCUUCAUCCCCUCCCGCCCCUACAUUUGAGCGCGCACGCAAGUAUCGUCCACCGCCCACGUCGUUUCACUCAUCAGUUCAAGUCAUCGACGAAGAGUUCGGUACCCCUCGUACAAGUACCCAGGUCAAGCAGGCAUACCUCGAAUCGCACCCCAACUCAGCUGCUGAGAGCAGUAGCAUUCACUCCGAGACCUCAUCCACUCAUCACACGAAGCAAUCUGUCGAAUUCGACAGCGCUGCUCCCACUCCUUCUCUCAUCCGAUCCUCCAUCAGCUCGCCUCGCCGUCCUGUAUUAUCUCUUUGCCCAUCUUUUCAAUCUCCUUCUGCAUUCACCAUGCCCGACGAAGUCCGCACUUCCGCCGACCACAUUCGUCCUUCCCAUGGUCGAGGAACAGCCGCCGAGAAGGGCAAUGCUCUGCGUGCUGCUGCCGAUCGUGACGUCGGCUACACCCCGCAUGCCGACAAUCACAAGAGCUCGAGACGAUCCUCGCGCCGCGUCAGCGCCCAUCCCUCGCCUCGUACGUCAGAACGAGAUCUCGACAACGAUGACCACCACGCCCAACGAGCAUCGCGUCGCUCCUCCAAGCGCUACGCAGCCCUAAACGAACCUGCAGCUCGACGCAGCAGCGUGCCUGUCAGCGAAAAGCAAAGCUCUGGCUCAGCUGCUGCGCAGGGUGCCGCCUACCGUAGAGGCGAGCAUCCCACCUUGCCGUCCGCCGAGGAGACCCGAGAGGCUCGCGAGCGUCAUCUGCGAGCAGCCUACGGAGAGACACCCAGGCUGGGCAAGGGCUCGCCCAACAAGCCUCCUGUCUAUCCCAUGACAGGUAUCGACAACUUGGCGCUCUUAAUGGAGGAUGACUCGUACACCACCUCGUGCUUCUCCAUCUACAUGUUCAGGUCAGUGCUCGAUCUCGAGACCGUCGACAACUUCUUCGAGGUGCUUGCAGAGACCUAUCCCAAGUACCGUUACGUUGUUGACCUUGACCCCAAACUCUCCAAGAAGCUCGAAAAGGAGACAUUGCGCGCUCCACCUGGUACACCGUCUCCUCGCCGCGAGUUUGACGCAGGACGCCGCACCAACUACGCCAAGGGACUCAAAGCUGGCUCUCUUUUCCGUCCCGCACGAUGGCGCUACGUUCCUGAUUUCGAAAUCAAGGACAACAUCGAGCACGUGGCCCAGUGCCCCGACGGUGGUGAUGACAAGGCUCUCAACAAGCUCGCUGGUCAGUUCCUCGGUCGUCACUUUGACUACUCGAAACCCAUCUGGGAGGCUCUGGUGGUCAACGGUCUCAACACUUCCGACGGCGGUCGCAGUGCUCUCAUGAUCAAGAUCCACCACUGUUUCUCCGACGGUCAAGGAAUGAUCCAGAGCUACCACGCUGCACUUGGUGCGCUUGCACAAGGCAUCGGCAUCCGAGAUAUUCAGAAGAAGGUUGACAGCAACACUUCCGAAAACAAGAGGCCCGGUCAGCGAGAGGACAGACCUAGCAUGUGGGGAACCAUUCAACACGCUGGCCACCUAGUCCGAGGUCUCUACUUCCGCAAGCGCAAGUCGUUCCUCUACCAGACCAAGCGUAAGCGGGUUGCAGACAGACUUUACUGCCACAGCGAAGGUAUCGAUAUGAAUGAUAUCAAGAUGAUUCGCAAGGCCUAUGGCACUCCCACUUUCAACCUCACUCUGAACGAUGUCGCUCUCGCCAUUCUCGCACGCGCCCUUCGCAUCGCUUCGGAGCGUGUUGAUCCCAGCCGAAGGCACAAGGAUAAGCGAGUCGCCAUCUUUGUGCCCAUCUCGGUUCGACCCAAGGGAGACUGGUCGCUCAGCAAUGCCACCACGGGUUCGAUCGCUUGGCUUCGCUUCGAAAAGGAAGACAAGCCCAACUUUGAAGAGCAGCUGGCCCAGGUGCAUCGCGAAAUGGGUCGUGUCAAGCGCUCGUACGGUCCCAAGAUCCUGUUCAAGACCUUUGACAUUUUUGCCAAGCGACGCAUCACUUUCCUGCCCAACUAUCCUGGUCUGCGCCAGAUCUACUAUCGAGCCUUCCGCGAGUACCAUGUUGCUACCAACGUGCCUGGUCCUCCCAAGCCUGUCAAAUUCGGCGAACACGAGGCGUACAGCUAUCACGUGCUGCCGCCCUCGAGUCCCGGUAAGUCGACCAUGGCCAUCGGGAUGAUCUCAUACGCCAACGAUUUCUCGCUCGCCGUGUCGUGUGACGACGUGCCAGAGUUCGAGCAUCUCGCCGAAGAGAUCUGCACGGCCUUCCAAGAUGCUGCUGCUCAGAUUAUCGAGGCUGCGAACGAAAAACUCGCCAGCAACAAGCAGGCAACGCUUAGCAAGGCGCAAUGA